AUGGAAGAACAGGAGUUUGAGAAGCAGAAUUUAGUCGGCAUUCAAGAGAUGAUAUCGCAUAAGUUCAUCCUAAAGAAAAAGGCAAAACUCCUUACCAAGGAAAUAACCGAUGCUUUGGCGAAUACAAAUGUCCAAAAUGCAAUAGGCAAUGGAUGUCAGGGAACUCUUGGUCUAAUAUGGAGACCUUUAGAAAAAGCUGAUGCCUUGGACGCCUUAGACAAAGUGAAACCCCAUCCACAAGAAUUGUGCCAAAAAUGCAAAAAACUGGUGGAGAACGAGGCAUUAAUACAACGUUGGUAUUUUGUUGCAAUGCCGCAGGCACCUAUGUUCCACCCAUGUUCAUAUUCAAAAGACAACGUAUGGACGCAGCACUCAAAAAUGGAGCUUUUCCUGAUAGUAUUGUGCAGUCCAGCGAAAGCGGUUUGUUGA